GGGGAAGCCAGAGUAUGGGCGGCUGUAUGCAUAGCACCUGGGACCACACGAUCCACUCAAAAGAAGAGCCCAGUCCUUCUGAAGCCCCAGCAUCCAUUUCAGCACCUAGUGAAAUGCCUAAAAGUGUUUCAAUAUCUAAACAACUAGCUUCAAUCAAAGCUUUGAAGAAGGGGUCAGAUCUGGAAAAAGCCAUUGCUACUAUUGCUCUGGUUUUCAGAAAUGCCUCUGACCCUGAUGGCAAACUUGGGAGAGCCACUGCCAAGAAUCUGCUACAAACUCAGUUUAGGAAUUUCACAGAGAGAGAAGAAACCACACCAAAAUACCAAGACAUCCUUUCUGAUCUUGAUGAGCACACAGAAAAUAAGCUGGACUUUGAGGACUUCAUGAUCUUGCUCCUGAGCCUCACCAUCGUGUCAGAUCUGCUACAAAAUAUAUGGGGUGAAAAUACUAUGAAAUAAACAAAUGUAAACAUGUGCAUGGGCAAAAUGAUGGCCAAAGCUAUGUCACAUCAUUAAAUGUGUCUCUAUCUGAUUUGUAAUAACUGUGGGACUACAACUCUCUUCAGAAAUGUUUGAAUGCUAUGAUUUGUGACACAAUGACCUGGAUACCACUUUUGAUGAGUGAAUAGCAACUUAAAGGCAUUCCCCACUGAGCAUGGAAUCACAUUUAUUCAUUGCUCAUGCAAUCACAUCUGUGAGCAUCUUCUUGGUAACAUUAUUUUAAAAAUUCAGAAAUGAGAGGCCAGAUAACUCCUUUCCUUUCUAGUGUUUACACAAUUCCAGAAGAAGAAAUAAGACACACAACAGUAAUUUCUGUGUCUAUGUUUAUGCAAGAUUGUGUAUUGUAUUUGUGUGGUAGUAACUGCACAUGUACAUAUGGUAACCAGAGGUCAAUCUCCAGUGUUCUUUUUCAAGUGAUCUCUAUCUUAAUUAUUCAGCUUUCAUUGUCCUGGGGCUCACUGAGAGGUUAAGUUGGCAGAACAGUGAUCCCCUGGGACUCACCUGUCUCUACCCCCCCAGUGCUGGCACUUUUUCCAUGCCCAGCUUUUGUAAGUGGGUUCUAGGGAUCAAGCUCAGAUGCGAGUGCUUUAACAAAUGACCCAUCUCCCCAGCUCAAAACAACUAUUUAAUGAGUUUAAAACACACUAUAAUUAUAAAUAAAAUGAGGAUUACAGAAUAAUAACAUAGUUUAUUACAAUAGCUUUUGCUCAAAUAUCAGACCCUUUCU